CAUAAGUCGAAUAGAAAGUGUUGAAAGGAGAUUGUUCCAAACGAUCUGUAUAUACACAAAGCCUUUCAAAAUGAUGACUCCAGCAGCAAUGUUUGCGAGAGUGUCGUUUUAUCCAACGCUGGUCUAUAAUGUGUUGAUGGAAAAAAUUUCAUCAAGAAAUUGGUAUGAUAGAAUUGACGAGACCGUUAUAUUGGGGGCUUUACCAUUUCGAAGUAUGACAGAAAAGUUAGUAACUGAAGAAAAUGUUAAGGGAGUUGUUUCAAUGAAUGAAGAUUACGAAUUACGAUUGUUCUCAAAUUCAGAAAAGGAAUGGAAAAAACAUAACGUGGAGUUUUUACAAUUAUCUGUAACAGACAUUUUUCAUUCUCCACCCCAAGAUAAAUUAGAGGGCGGUGUAAAGUUUAUUAAUAAAUUCCGUAAUGUACCAAAAGAAUUGUCGGGCUCUGAUAAAUGUACCGAUGACUCUGAUAAUGUCGGGAGCGUUUAUGUACAUUGUAAAGCAGGGAGGACACGUAGUGCAACCUUAGUGGGAUGCUAUUUAAUGAUGAAAAAUCAGUGGACCCCAGAGGAAGCAGUAGCAUAUAUGCAGCAAAAGAGACCUCAUGUACUACUACGUCCUUUGCAAUUGGACGCGUUAAGAGAAUUUUAUACAAAUAAUAUAGAAAAUAAUAAAUCAUGUAAAUAGUUAUUGCUGAAAUUUAUGCAUGAUAAAAAAUAUAAUUUAUCUUCACCAUAUA